CGUACCACACAAAGGAUGAUAUUAGUAAUCAAGUUAGUUAAAGAGUAUGCCAAGGGUAAACACUUGGUUUACCAGAUUUCAUAUAGAAACGGAAGAGAUUUUACAUAUCCAGUGCUCACAAAAUUUCAUAAUCUAAACUCUAAACACAAACCAAAACACUGCUGGUUCUGUUGCUCUCUUUUGGCAAAGAUCAAAAAUAUGGCUGACGCUGUUGUUUCAGUUGUGAGUGAAGGGAUCAAGCUGCUCGGAGACUAUAUCCUACAGCAAGCAAAAUCCUUGAGUCGAGUCAGCUUUCAAGUUGAGCUUGCAGAACUCGAGCUCCAGUUGAUGCGUGGCUUCCUGAAAGAUGCAGAUUCAAGAGCCGGAGGAGAUGAAGUUGUACGCAUUUGGGUAGCACUUGUUAGAGAUGCUGCUUAUGAUUUGGAGGAUGUCAUUGAAUCUUUUGCCUUGAAAUUGGCUUCCAAGAAGAGAGGAGGUAAUGUGAAGAUUGUUCUUGAAAGGUUUGCUUGCAUUUUCAAUGAAGGAGUUGAUCUUCACAAAAUUGGGUCGGAAAUUGAGGAUAUUAUGACCAAACUUUCUCAUUUGAGGUCUAGUAUGCAGAGUUAUAACUAUAACGUAGAACCACGACAAAUAAGUGGGGGUGAAGGUGUCGCUUCUUCUUUUAAGAGGCAACGAGACCGGCGGCUAACUUAUGCUCAUGAAGUUAAAAGUCAUACUGUUGGCUUGGAAGAAAAAAUAGAUAUACUGGUGAAGCAGUUGGUGGGAGAAGGAAAGCGUCACCGUGUUGUUUCUAUAUGGGGGCCGGGUGGCUCCGGAAAAACCACUCUUGCAAAACAGGUUAUUUGUCAAAAUGAAGUUGAGCGUCAUUUUGAUUGUUUUGCUUGGGUCUAUAUAUCUCAACAAUGGGAAGGAAGGGAUGUAUUGGAAGAGAUUUUAAGUCAACUGAUCACUUCCCCAGCAACAGUGAAAAGGAAAGAAAUUUCCAAAAUGAAAAUGGAUGAAAUAGCAAAGGUGGUCUGUAGUAUCCAACGAGAAAAGACAUGUCUGGUGAUCCUUGAUGGCAUAUGGACUCAAGAUGCUUGGAAUUCGAUAAAAGAUGGAUUCCCAAUUAAUGAGGAAACAGAGAGCCGGAUAUUACUCACUACUCGCAGGAAAGAAGUAGCCUUGCUGCUUGCAUCCAGAAAUGACUAUCUCCACCAACCACGAUUAGAUGAGAAGCAAAGCCAGAAACUGUUUGAAAAGAUAGCGAUAUGUGGAAGCGACAAUGCAGAAACUUAUGAAGAGAAGAGCAAGUUAGUAAAGAAGAUGCUUGUACAUUGUCCAGGUUUGCCAAUAGUCAUUAGAGUGCUUGCUGGUCUUCUAAGUAAACGAGAGACAGUUAAAGAGUGGGAUGCAGUACUUGAAAAUGUUGAACAGAUAAUGAAAGGCACAGAUGUCCUUGAAACAGAAAGUACAAGUCAAGAGUAUGGGAUAUCGGUUGUUUUGGCAUUGAGUUAUGAUGACUUGCCAUCUCACUUAAAACUAUGCUUUCUAUAUUUAGCUCAAUUUCCUGAGAAUCAUGAGAUAGCGGUGACGAGAUUGACACAAUUAUGGAUUGCAGAAGGGUUUAUAACUUUAAUGGCAGAAAAACAUGGUUCUGGUGAAAUAAUGGAAGACGUAUCAUACAGUUGCCUCACUGAAUUGAUUGGAAGACAAAUGGUUCAAGAUGUGAUAUAUGGUUUCAGUGGGAAGGUGAAAUCUUGCCGCCUCCAUGGUCUUAUGCGAGACUUUUGCUUGCAGAAGGCAGAAGAGGAGAAUUUUCGCAUAUUUGUUAAGCUCUCUGAAGGUCCGGUAUCUAAGACUGCACUAAUCGGUAAGGUCCGAAGACUUACCCUCUAUUUGGACAAUACGGUCAAAUAUGAGUUCACGAGGGAAGGAAGAUAUGGCCACGUUAGGUCUUUAUUAUACUUUGUCCCAGCAAGCCAUUACCAAAAGUGGGACAAAAAAGUAAUAAGAUCAGCAUUCAAUGACUUUAAAUUCCUUAGGGUGUUGAAGUUUGAAAAUAUUGGUAGAGAAUUUGAGAUACCGAAGACGAUUGGGAAUCUAGUCCAUUUGAGGUUUCUGAGUCUGAAGGAUAGUGCAUUUCGUGGGUUGCCAUCAUCUGUAUCUAAUCUGGUUCUUUUGCAAACUCUAGACCUGCGGUCGAAUUUUGUAGGUCAAGGAUCUUGUUUUGGGAGAAUGAGAGGAACCGAAAUCAGAAAUGUGUUUUGGAAUAUGAAGCAACUGAGGCAUUUGUAUAUACCUUUUUUUCACUCUGUAAGUGCUCCGAAACUGUCAUUUGCAAGGCUGUGCAAUUUGCAGACGUUGGUCAAUGUUCCAAUUGAGAAGUGUGAUUUGAAUGAUCUUGUUCAAUUAAGCAAUCUGAAGAAACUACGCAUAAUGCCAUCAGCGUCUCGUCAGUUGGAAAAGCUGAAGGACAUGUUGAUAAUAAGGAAUAGAACAUAUAAACAUCUUCGGUCUCUAUCUCUGCAGGCUGAUGGGGAUAUACCAAGUGAUAUAGUAUUAACGUGUCCUCAUUUAUACAAGCUGCGACUGGAGGGGAAAAUGACAGCGUUGCCGAAAGAGCUUCCAAACCUCACCAAGUUAACGCUGGAACAAACAAAACUGAAGGAUGACCAGAUUGAAAUACUGGAGAAGCUGCCCAACUUAAGGGUGCUUUACCUCGGUUGGCGUUCUUUCGAAUCAGAAACAUUGGUUUUCUCCCAAGAAGGCUUUCCUCAUCUGGAAUUUCUUACCCUUUAUGGAUUGUAUGAUUUGAAGGAGUGGAGGGUGAAGAAAGAAGCCAUGCCUCGUCUUCAGAGAUUGCGCAUUGAAUGGUGCAAACAAUUGCAGGCAGUUCCAGAUGGGCUUCAGGAGAUUACUACCCUCAAGGAAUUAACAAUUGACCGGAUGCCCAGUAGAUUCUGCAGUAGGGUUGGGAAAGGAGGAAAGGAUUUCUACAAAAUCAAACACGUGCCUUCUCUUAUAAUAACAGAUAUUCAACCCGACUACAAGAAAGACAAGGAGCCAGAAAUGGAGGAAGCAACAGGCGCGUCUCAAAUAGUUGCGGGUCCAGCUGAUGACUCUCAUCAGGAAUCAAUUGUGGACGCUCCUCCUCCUCCUCCUCCUCCUACUAUUGUUGAUGAGAAAGCAGAGGAAAUACAAGUUGCAUCCUCUGCUGACCACCUCAGUUAAAUCCGCUGGUUUAUCAAUAUUUAGGCUAGCCCGUUCUAUGUUCUUUGGGCUUUAUCCUGUAUGGCCCGCCUAUAAUUCUUUUCCACCUAAUUCUUCAUUCCUCAGUCCUUCCCUGAGUCCCCUCACCGCUUCACACAGCUAAAGAAUGGAUAUAACUCAAGAAGAAAUUACAAGGCUUUGUCGAGUUCGAAAAACAGUGAUGCACAUGUUGAAAGAUCUGAACUAGGUAAUUUCAACAUUACAUUGCCACGGUUUAAGAAGAAAUAUGGAGAGAACAUGAAAAAGGAUGACUUUAGAAGGAAGCAAGUUCACAACUCUGAUCAGAUUUACGUGUUUUUCUCUGACGAACCAAAAGUUGGGUUCAAGAAUUACAUCAAACGCUUGGUUCAGGAGGAUACAGAGAAAGCCAUUGAGGUUAUUUAACAAACCUGACUCCUUUUGCAAAGCGCCUCGGAAGUGAGAUGAGAUCAAAGUACUACUUAGAGGAGGCAGAAUUGUUGGUUCAAGAGUAUGUUUGAGUUCCUGAGCAUAGGGAGCUUAAAACUGAGGGGGGAAAUCGUUUGGAUGCUGCCCAACACAUGCCAUGGCCUCAAGUGACUAUCAAUGUCUUGCUAGGUUUGUCUAAUUGUUUCAGAGGUGCACACACUAACUCGGAGUAGUAUUAAGUGUAUCUUUGCUAGAAAAGUUUCAACAAGCUUGACUGGAGCACUCAAAACCUCAUGAAGAUUCAACCAUCAUGACUAGACCUCUGAUGAUGCAGAUCUAACAUCAACCACUCUGAAAGCGGUCACUACUAGAAAAUAGGGCUAAGGGGACAUAUGUUGGGACAAAUGAGUUAUGUGUCCUCAAAACUAAUAAAAAGGCACACAAUAAGUGUCCCCAUUCAAAAUUUAGCCCCACAAUGCAGACCAAUUCAUACGAAUACGUCUUUUUUUAUAUUUAGAAUGCCUGCGAAUACGCCCUUCACUCCUUGUAUACCUAAACUCAUAUCACAUACACGCACUCUCUCUCUUUCUCUCUCAGAUCUACCGCUACCCUCUCCAGCAAAGACCAACGGUAGUCCCAGCGGCGGCCACCCAUGACUCAGUAGUUGCCCUCUCUCGCUCUGUCAAUAUCUUUUGAAACUAGAACACCCAUAUGGAGACUUGUCCCAAAAGUGUCUCAAUUUGCCAUAUCUUUAUCGAACCACAGUCCCAGUCUGUUCUUCUGGUUUAUCAAAGCGUUUCGGUAGGGUAUUUGGUGCUGGGCAAUGGCUAUGGUUAAGAAUGAAAGACUGCUCCGGCACAAUCGACCACUUCUCAACUGUGGAUGGACCAGCUCCUCCUCCUCCUGAUGAAAAAACAGAGGAUAUACAAGCUGCUUCCACUCCUUAUUGAAAUCCACUAGUUCAUUCUAUAAACUAAGCUGCGCUCGGGUACUUUUGGCAGCCAGUUAAUUGGCUGUUUGCUGUUGUUAGAUUAUGUGCGGAACACUAAAAUUGGGCCACAUGUUUUGUCCUUUUCUAACACAAGCUUUGCCGUGAGUUGUCUCUCCUCGUUCCUCAAUCUUCAAGCCCGAGUUUCCCUCAUCGCUUCACACAGAUUAGUCACACAGCUGAAGGAUGGAUUUAAUUGAAGAAGAAAUUACGGGGCUUUAUAGAGCUCGAAAAACAGUGAUGCAAAUGCUGAAAGAUUGGGACUAUGUAAUUUCAGAUCGGGACAUCAACAUUACAUUGUCACAGUUUAAGAACAAAUAUGGAGAGAAAAUGAAAAGGGAAUACCUUACUAUGAAUAGAAGGAAGUGAGGUCACGACUCUGAUCAGUUGGGGUCAAGACAAUCAAGAAUUACAUCAAAGGCUUUGUUCAGGAGGAUACGGACAAAGGCACACACCAACAAUGUCAUACUUGUCUAUUUACGCCAUUUAUCCAAUUGUUUCAGGAGUGAACAGAUUAUCUUUGCUGGAAAAGUUUCAACAAGCUUGACUGGAGCACUCAAAAUGUCACGAAGUUUGAGGCUUGCCAAGAAUACAACCCGUCAUAACUAGUAUUGUACCUAAAACUCCAACGGCCUGCCGGGCUGCACUAUUCAUUUUACUGUUCAUCUUGGGGGUGAGAAAUGACGGUUUUGCCCUCUGUUUUCCUUCAACUUACUGCGCUGCCAUCUUUGUACGAAUAUAUGUUUUUAGUUGUUCGGGCUUCCACCGACUUCAACCUUCGUCAGUGAUCGAUAGAGAGAGAGAGACUGUGAGAGGAAAAAAAGAGUGAUCGAUCUAGAUUUAGUCAUCAUCUUCAGUUAUCAAGAACGAGAGAGCGAGCGAGAGAUAAAGAGAGAGAGAGAGAGGGACAUCGGAGGCAAAUCCGUAAACAUAGAGUCGUCGCCCAGUGAAGCCAAUUGAAUCCUAUAUUUUCAAGCUUGGGUCAUUCUGUCAUCUAAUUCUCAGUCUUUGUAAAGUCUGAGGCACGCAGCGUGAAGAAACCCCUGAGGUUGUGUUUGUGUUCUGUGUUUGAUAGAGAGAGAGAAAUUAGAUCCAGAGAUAGAGAGAGAUGGACAAGGAGAGACAGCGAAAGAGAACCAGAGAGGAGGCCCAUCAGGAUUUCUUCAAGGUUGACCAGGUUCUAUGCAAAAAAGUAUUUUGAUUGUUUUCUUGCCACUGUUCCUGUUUCUGUUCUUUGAUAUUGGUUCAUUGUUCCGUCUUGAUUCAGUGCGUUCGUGAAGGUUUGAUUGAAGGCUGGCAUUGGACGAAUAUAUCGAUCUUCAUCGUUAAUACUGGUGGAGCAAGAUUCUGAACAGAUUACAAGUAAGACAGUUGUUGCCCAGGGGCGGGUGAUUGAAGCAGAGGAUAGAUACGGUUCGUAUUUGGUCACACAUUGCAGCUUCAAGCAUUCUUCAAAUCUUGCAUACUCCAUGGCUAGAUGGACAAAAUUUCAACUAUUAUACUCUACAAAGCAUGAAGCUGACAACUUUUCAGAUCAGUACACGAAUGAGCUUCGUGGUUGUUGUAUAGUGUUAAAUGAACAUGUGAAAAAUUUGUUUCAAACUGAAAACUUCAUUUGAUUAUGGGUAGUUGUUAGUUCACUUAGAACAACAGAAAUUGAUUACUAUUAUGCAUCCCAAAAUGCAGUUAUUUGUCUAUACAAGCUUUUUCAUUUGUAAUAAUAUGAAGUCCCGCAGCAAAGCGCGGGUAAAUUUUCUAGUUGUACCUAAAACUCCAACAGAAAUGAAUAGUGUUUAAGUUGAUA